AUGUACGCUCCAGAUCAGAGAAGAAAGGACGGUAGAGAUGUUAUAUACCGUAGUAAUUCAAGCCUUGACUUGAUAUAUGUUGAACAUCCUUCGGGUAAUGGCUUACGACGUGAGUACGGUAGUCAUGGUUCAAUCGACGUAAUCGGAGGAGUUAACGAGCGGCUACCCGCGAUGGUUCAUAGCUACAGUGGUGUGUCAACACCAGACAAACCAACAGGUCUCAAUCGUGCUGUCGAAAGAAUUACCGAAGGACUCAACACCGACCAUGCCGAUGGUCCACCACCUAGAUCAAGUGCUAGUCCAAAACCACGACUUAAAUUAAACAAGCUCUGGGGUGGUGCAGCACCCGCCUUGCCUCGACAAACCUUAGACGAUGGCAGUCUUUCGACAUUAUCUGAUGCUAAUAAAAGAAAGCAGUUUGCUCAUUAUGACUGUCAAUCACUCAUGGCCAAUCUGAGCUAUGCUGCUGAAGUUCGUGGUGCACUGCUUAGCAGAAGACGCAACACCACUACUGGUGCAUCUGCAGCAUCAUUACUUGCUACUCGUGGAGCGCCUCCAGGAGAUGAUGCAGUACCUGAUACUGGUGAUGGAAGAUCCAAUGAAUUACUAGAGAGCUGUCCAUUCUUCCGAAAUGAAUUGGGAGGUGAGGAAGAACGGUGCGUUUCAUUAUGUUGGAGAACUGCCCGUGGGGCUAUUGCUGGCCAGUCGGGGUGUUGGCAUCGACCUCGUGCCGCAUAUGGAAUCUCCGUGUUGGAAUUUCCUCCUGCCACACAAUCACACUCUGGUAACACGCAUUGGAGACACGGGUGUCCAUUUGCGAGAUCUGUUGCGCCACUACCUAUAGAAAGUCAAGAUCUUGGUGCUUUAUACUACAGGAACUAUUUUUAUAAUCAACCUCAUCAAAAUUGGUUUGGGAUGGAUGAAAAUCUUGGACCUGUAGCAAUUUCUAUCAAAAAGGAACGGGUGGAGCUUCGUAGAGGUGGCGGCGACGUAUCCGCACCGACGUCACAGCUCGUUUGGCAAUACCGACUGAUAUUGCGCACUGCUGAACUACUUACAAUUCGUGGUUCGGUGCUCGAAGACGCACUGCCAGCAGCUAAGCCGAGUAACAACAGCGCCACCUACAACACUAAGGAAGUUUUAGAAUAUGUGGCUUCUGAAUUACAACUUGGCUGUUUACGACUCGGUGUGGGCAAUGGUGGGGCUGAAGAACAACUUUUACGCUUAGACGAACAAUGUGUUACCAGACAUUAUAAAGUAGGAGUUAUGUACUGUAAAAGUGGUCAGUCAACAGAGGAAGAAAUGUACAAUAAUCAGGAAGCUGGGCCUGCAUUUGUAGAAUUCUUACAAAUGCUGGGCCAGACAGUAAGAUUAAAGGAUUUUGAUAAAUAUAAGGCUGGUCUGGACAACAGAACUGAUUCAACUGGUCUCUAUUCUGUUUUUACAACAUACCAAGGCUGCGAUAUUAUGUUUCAUGUAUCAACUAUGCUUCCAUAUACGCCAAAUAAUAGACAACAAUUAUUGAGGAAACGACAUAUAGGCAACGAUAUUGUAACCAUUGUCUUCCAAGAACCGGGUGCAGCUCCGUUCACUCCGCGCAACAUUCGUUCGCAGUUCCAACAUGUUUUUGUUGUAGUUAGAGCUAUCGAUCCUUGCACAGAGAAUACCCACUAUAGUAUAGCUGUAAGUCGUGCUAAAGAAGUGCCUUUAUUUGGACCUCCCAUUAAGGAGGGUGCCAUUUAUCCUAAAGGAGAAGCAUUCACUGAUCUACUAUUAAGUAAAGUAAUAAAUGGCGAAAAUGCUGCAAUUCAAUCACCAAAGUUUAGUACAAUGGCAACGCGUACGCGUCAAGAGUACCUGAAAGAUUUAGCUAAGAAUUAUGUUACUGCUACGACUGUAGAAUCCGGACAGAAAUUUUCGAUAUUCUCGCAUCUGCUUAUGAAGAGUGGCAACAAUUCAGCUAAUAACACAUUGAUACCGCGUAUUGACAAUUGCACUAAUGACGUAUUAGUUGGGGGCGCAUUGUGCUUUCAUGUUCAAGUACAGGAUGAAGGCGCGGGUGGUUUGCUGAUAGACUGCAUUAUAGGCAUAUCUGCAGACACCGUCGUGUUUAUCGAAGACAACACCCGUCAAAUUAUUCUGGUUCUACCUACAAAUUCUUUAUUAGGGUGGGUGGUGAGCGGCGGCUGGACGCGCGUGUACUACCACCGCGGCGAGAGCGUGCGCGUGCGCGGCGGGGGCGACGCGCUGCAGCGCCGCCUCGCCGCCGUGGCGCCGCACCACGCGCACGCGCUGCACGAGAUCACGCUGGAGCGGGGCGCCGCGCACCAACUCGGUUUCCACGUGCAGCCGGACGGGCUGGUGACGCAGGUGGAGUCGGGCGGGUGCGCGUGGCGCGCGGGGGUGAAGGCGGGCGCGCGACUGCUCGAGGUGUGCCGCGCCGCCGUCGUGGCGCUGUGCCACGAUCAGCUCGUCGACCUACUCAAAACCUCCGACCCCGUCACGGUGACCGUGACGUUCGCGGUAAGCCCGAAGUGCCCUUGCGACAGCACGCCGGACGAAUGGGCGCCCUUAGCUCGUGCUGACGCUCAGCAGCCGGGGCGCCCUCGACGCGCCUAUGAGCGAGGACACUCGCCGCCACGAUCGGACAGCUCGGGAUAUGGCGGGUCAUCCCGCAGCGAGCGGCGGUCGCCGGACGCGCUGCGGCGGCGCUCGCACGACGACGCCGCGUCGCCGCGCCACGCACGACACAAGCGCAUCUCCGCCAACACCUCCUCGCUCACGGAGGACUUGAUUCGUAUGAUGGACGCUGAGAUGGGGGAGGGCGUGCGAAAUUCGAGUAGUACGGGCGGAGCGGCUCCCCUGCCUCUACCGGACGCAGCUGCACUUGACUGGGCAGCGCUUGUGCAUACGGCCACCAGGGCUAUGUUGCAGAUUUGCGAGGAGCAUCCAUAUCCAUCUAUGGAAAACUCGGAUCCAUCUUUAGAAACUCUGCCAAACGAACCCUCUACGGAGUCCUGGAAUGACGUUUCCGUGACAAAGGAAGUGAGCGGCAACACACCUCAGGCGGGCGGCGCGGAGAGCUGCGGGGCGGCGGGGGGCGGCGCGUGCGCGUGCGCGUGCGGGCUGGCCGCCAAGGUCGCCGCGCUCGAGGCCGACGCCGCCACCGAGCAGCGCCAGCGACAUCAGCUCGAGGAGGAGGUGCGGCGCCUGCGGCGUCACAACGCGCGCCUGCGCGAGGAGUCGGCGCGCGCCGUGUGGCAGCUGCGCCACUUCACGCAGUGGCUCAAGAGAACCGUCGACCGACAGUGA